AUCGCAAUGGGGCCGGGGAUGUUGCAUGGCCAUCCCCCCGGAGGUUCCAGGAAGAGCCGUGUCUUUCCAUGGCCCUGCAGCCCCGCUCUCCAUCCCACAGGACACGCUGAUCUUCCCAGAGCAUGGACACGGCCUCCAGCGGCAGAAAAGGGACUGGGUCAUCCCCCCCAUCAUCUGCCCUGAGAAUGAGCGAGGACCCUUCCCCAAGAAGCUGGUGCAGAUCAAAUCCAACAAGGACAAAGAGACCAAGGUUUUCUACAGCAUCACGGGGCAGGGAGUGGAUAUUCCCCCUGUGGGUGUCUUCAUCAUCGAGCGGGAGACGGGGUGGCUGGAGGUGACAGAACCCCUGGACCGGGAGGAGAAGGAUAAAUACGUGCUCUACUCCCACGCCGUGUCAGCCAACGGGCAGCCCGUGGAAGACCCCAUGGAGAUCAUCAUCACCGUCACUGACCAGAAUGACAACCGGCCCGUCUUCACCCAAGCAGUUUUCCACGGUUCUGUGCUGGAGGGAGCUGAGCCAGGCACAUCGGUGCUGCGGGUGCUGGCCACCGAUGCAGAUGACGCCGUGAACUCCGACAAUGGAGUUGUGAGCUAUUCCAUCCUGAGCCAGGUGCCGGAAAAGCCCCAGCCUGGGAUGUUCACCAUCGACAGCAGCUCUGGGCUGGUCUCUGUGGCCAUGCUGGGGCUGGUGGCACAGGAGGUCCCUGAAUACACACUGGAGAUCCAGGCUGCCGACUUGGGGGGAUACGGGCUGCGAGCCACCGCCACCGCCCGCAUCGCGGUGCAGGCUGACGACAUGUCUGCGGUGGGAAAUGGCACCCUGACCACUCACGUGCUGAACACGGCCACGGGGCUGCCGGCAGCCGGCCUUGUUGUCCGCCUGGCCCAGCUGCAGGAGCCGGGACCGCAGUGGAUGGAGCUGGCACAGAGACAUACGGAUGCAGAUGGGCGCUGCCAGCCCCUCCUGGCACCGGGACAGGCCAAGUCUGGCACCUACAAGCUGCAUUUUGAGACGGCUGAGUACUGGCAGGGACUGGGGCACACCAGCUUCUACCCCUUCGUGGAGGUCGUCUUCAUCAUCAGUGACCCAGCACAGAAGCUCCAUGUCCCGCUGCUGAUCAGUCCCUACUCCUAUACAACAUACCGGGGCAGUUAGAGGGGCACAGCCUUCCCCUGGGGAUGCAGGAAUGAUGCCACCGAUGCCAUUAAAAACUCCAAACAGCA